UUACUGUGGUACAGCUGUACACGACUCAAAUCUAGCAGCACGCGAUGUCUUGUAACUGAUAGGUGGCGAUAUGUACAACUAGUAUCCAAACGACCCUGAAAAGAAGAAGAAGAAGAAGAACAAAAUAACGGCAUAACAUAAGGAGGAAUUAAAGAACAAGAGGAUUUACCUGAGGCAACCGAAAUAUUCAAGACACAUUGUUGUCAUUAACUGGAACUGAAUGAUGCCUGAGGUACGAGAGUUGUCAGACGCUCUGCCAGAGAUGCUCAUGGAUCCCAUCACUGGUGUAGGUGUUGUUGCCUCAAGAAACCGAGCACCCACAGGCUAUGAUGUGGUUGCACAAACCACAGAUGGAAUUGAUGCUGACUUGUGGAAAGAUGGACUUUUCAAAUCAAAGGUGACACGCUACCUUUGCUUUACCAGGGUCUUCUCCAAGGAAAAUAGUCAUUUAGGAAAUGUGCUAGUGGACAUGAAACUGAUUGACAUUAAAGAUACUUUGCCUGUUGGUUUUAUUCCAAUUCAGGAGACAGUGGAUACACAGGAGCCAGCAUUCAGGAAACGGAGGCUGUGUAUUAAGUUUAUCCCAAGGGACUCCACUGAGGCUGCGAUUUGUGACAUCCGCAUCCUGGGACGCUCCAAACAGGCUCCACCACAGUAUACAUUCAUAGGAGAGCUGAACAACAUGGGCAUUUGGUACAGAAUGGGGAAGGUGCCUAGAACUCAAGACUCCUGUCCCAUACAGAACAGCGCUUCUGCCACAACCUCCACCAGCAUACAAACAGUCACCAACUCUACUUCAGUUCCUGUUCUGCCCAAACACAUAUCCAUGACCCUACCUGCCAGUUUUAGGAGGAGUACCACUCGACCUGACUAUGAACACCAGAGUUCCAACCUAUAUGCCAUAUCGGCCAUGGAUGGUGUGCCCUUCGUGAUUUCUGAGAAGUUUGCAUGUGCUUCCGAUGAUCUACAGCAAGUAGACUUGAUGGGCAUAAGGAUUAAAUCCCUUGCAGAGAUUGAAAAAGAGUACGAGUACAGCUUUCGUACAGAGCACAGUGCUGCUGCACGCCUGCCCCCCAGUCCCACCAGGACUUCUUUAGGUUCUGAGGCUUAAACACAUGGACAGAAGGAGCAGCAGGAAAAGAGAGCCAGGCCCAGCAUGGAAACAAAGUGAUGCCUCUUUUGUACCUUGACCAUUAAAAAAAAAAAGUGAAUUAUUCUAUCAGUAUUUACUUUGAUUAAUUUGUUUGUGCAAAUUGUGACUUUGAAUUUACCAAUCAUUUCCUGCUGACAGGAGCUGAAAAAAUGCAUAGUCUUCUAAUAGCAUGAUUUAAUGAAAACUACCACUGAAGUACAAAAAUGGAUGACAAAAGAGGGACCUUGUGGAAACGUCUCAGAACUUCUAUGACCUAGCCACACCUCACUACCAUACAUAAAACAUCGCUAUCUGUUCAACAGAAUGUCUUAUCCUCAACUAGUUAACUGUUGUGUUUAAAUAUGUUUUAGCAUGAUCACUGUCUUUACAACUUUUUUUAAAGAAGAAAAGCAAAAAAAAAAUGUAACUGAAUGAAAUUGAUGGAUUUUUAUUUUGUUGUUGCAAGACUGACAGUCUAACUUGCACAGAUUCCUUUCUAAGUUAAUGCCUUAGUUUAUGAGUUAUGUGUUUGUCAUUAAAACAGCCGAAUUUACUGUACAAUAAAUGCACUUGUGAAAUUUA